CGCUGCCGCCCCGCCCCGGCCCCGCCCCCGGCAGCGCUCGCGCGGCGUCGGGGGGCCGGGCGGGGGCGGGACCGGGACCGGGACCGUAGCCGGGGCCGGGACCCGCCGGCGCUGCGCGGAGCUCGCACCGCCAUGUGGCCGCUCCGCCUGGGCAGGGCCCUGAGGCGAUGCGGCCCGACGGGCGCUGGCAGCCUGCGGGCGCAGCACGGCCCUGCCGCUGCCGCCGCUGCCGGACGCACGCCUGGCUGGACGGGGCAGGAGAGCCUGGCGGAGAGCGACCCCGAGAUGUGGGCCCUGGUCCAGAAGGAGAAGGAUCGGCAGUGCCGGGGGCUGGAGCUCAUUGCCUCUGAGAAUUUCUGCAGCCGGGCGGCGCUGGAAGCCCUGGGCUCCUGCCUCAACAACAAGUACUCGGAGGGGUACCCUGGCAAGAGGUACUACGGGGGAGCUGAGGUGGUGGACCAGAUUGAGUUGCUGUGCGAGCAGCGGGCUCUGGAGGCGUUCGACCUGGACCCGGCCCACUGGGGAGUGAACGUGCAGCCCUACUCGGGCUCUCCGGCCAACUUCGCUGCCUACACAGCCCUGCUGCAGCCCCACGACCGCCUCAUGGGGCUGGACCUGCCCGACGGGGGCCACCUCACACACGGGUACAUGUCGGACAUCAAGAGGAUCUCGGCCACAUCCAUCUUCUUUGAGUCAAUGCCCUACAAACUUGACCCAGCCACAGGGCUGAUCGACUACGACCAGCUGGAGAAAACUGCGCGGCUCUUUCGUCCUCGUCUCCUCAUCGCCGGCACCAGCGCAUACGCCCGCCUCAUUGACUACGCGCGCAUGAAGAAGGUGUGCGAGGAGGUGAAGGCGUACCUGCUGGCCGACAUGGCACACAUCAGCGGACUGGUUGCAGCCAAGGUCAUUCCUUCGCCCUUCGAAUACGCUGACUUGGUCACUAGCACCACCCACAAGACCCUGCGUGGCGCCAGGUCAGGACUGAUCUUCUAUCGCAAGGGCGUGCGCUCAGUAGACAAGAAGACGGGCAAGGAGACACGCUAUGACCUGGAGGACAGGAUCAACUUUGCUGUUUUCCCCUCCCUGCAAGGGGGACCACACAACCACGCCAUUGCUGCUGUGGCAGUGGCCCUCAAGCAGGCCAGUUCACCUGCUUUCCGCCAGUACUGCCAGCAGGUGCUGAAGAAUGCCAAAGCCAUGGCACAGGCCCUGCUCCAGUGUGGGUACACACUGGUAUCAGGCGGGACCGACAACCACCUGGUGCUGGUGGACCUGCGGCCCAAGGGCAUUGAUGGAGCGCGGGCUGAGCGAGUUCUGGAGCUCGUCUCCAUAACAGCCAACAAGAACACGUGUCCUGGGGACAAAAGCGCCCUCACGCCGGGGGGGCUGCGUCUGGGUGCCCCCGCGCUGACUUCCCGCCGCUUCCAGGAGGGCGAUUUCCAGAAGGUGGUUGCUUUCAUCGACGAGGGCAUAGCGCUGGCUCUGGACGUCAAGAGCAAAACCAGCAAGCUCCAGGACUUCAAGACCUUCCUGCUGCAGGAUGCUGAGACCCAGCACCGCUUGGCAGACCUGCGCCAACGCGUGGAGACCUUUGCGCGUGCCUUCCCCAUGCCUGGCUUCAGAGAUCACUGAGUGGGGUCUCUCAGCACCAACCCUUCAGGCCUGGACUACCUGGGGACAAGGGGAGCAUCAAAAACACCCUAGGGCCUCCCCCUCCCCUCGGUCUCCCACCAGCACCUUUGUGAUCUGGCACUUCUCCCCGCUGGGGUGGGGAAAGCUCGGGGAGGGGGGCAGCCCACCCCGGUCCUGCUCUCGUUGUUUGGGUUUGGAGACCAAGCCCCCACCAGAUGGGGGAGGGACCAUUCCUCCCACCAGCCCUGUCCCCUCUCUCUGGGGAAGCCUUGCCCUUUUCUAGGGGGAGAGGGUUGCUAAUAAAACUGGGACCAGA